AUGGCGUCCAGCAACAAAAGCCUCCAUUUCUCGGACAGCUUUGUCAUCAGCUGCGGAACCAUUACCGUCGAUACCGCCACGUCCCAGGUGCUCAUCAUCCGCCACCGCGAGACCAACGAGUUCCAUCUCCCCAAGGGCCGCAAAGACGUGCACGAGUCCCUGCGCGAUGCUGCGCUGCGCGAGACCUGGGAGGAGACGGGCGUGCGCGCGCAGCUUCUUCCCGUCCCCAUCACCACACGCGCCACCGCUGCUGCUGCUGCUGCACCGAGCUCGUCCGUGACGGAACCCCUGGCCGUCUCGCAGCGCGUCACCGAGGGUGUGCGGAAGAUCAUCUUUUGGUUUGUGGCAGCGGCAGACUCGACGGCGGUGCGGGACGAGGGCACGCAGCAAGAGGGCGAGGACUUUGAGGCGCUCUGGGUAGGAUGGGACGAGGUUCGCGCAAUGUUGACGUUUGAGGACGAUGGGCGGAUCGCCGAGGCGGGGAUCGCGGCAGCAGCCAAAACGUCACGCAUUUUCACGUUGGUCCCUGGCACAACGUCACACCAUUCUGUCAAGCUUCCAUCGGGUCAUACCCAGCGAGUGUUGAAGCUAUCUCUGUUACCCCUACAGUCUCGCUUCACUUAUUUCCUCCGGCCUACAGUCCAAAUGGCAGGGGCGGAAGAUGCCGCUGAGCCUAAACCUCGUCGUGCGCUUUCCAUUCUCCCGAGUUUUCUCAAAAUGGCCCUUAUCAACUUCGAGAGCCAUGCUUGGCUACCCAACCUCCCACUCGAUGUCGUGCUCCUUAUUGCGGAUCGGUUGAACAAACAAGACCAAUUUUUGCUGGCAGAUUUUAUCUUCGACCCGAUCGAUCGGGAAUCGAGUUUGCGUCUUGGGUUGUCAGCAGCGAGGCUCGAGACGUGGCUCAACAACACUCCCCGUAUUCCCCCAGGAACACUUGAAAAGUGGCGUCAGACUCCUCGUCCCAAGUCAGGAUAUUACGCCAAGAAAAUUAAGGAUGAUGAGGACAUCCAGGGCAAGAUUGCGGCUUCUACGAUUGACGCAGCUUUACUGCUUGCCGCCAAGAGACAUAAGGAAGCCAUGGUGCGAACAAUAAUGGAACACGGUAAACAUCUGUUGAUGGAUGUUGAUAGUGGACUUGGGGCUGAGGUUUCGAAAUCGACAUUCGAGAUGUUAUUGAGGGACGGAGCCGACCCCCAGUCUUGCGCCGAACCCCUCAUUGGGAGUGUGAAGCGAGGAGAAGUCGAGUUCACAGAGAUGUUGCUGGGCUGUGGAAUGAAGAUGGGCAUGACGUCGAGCGCAACGCCAGAUACAGCGGUGUAUUGGGCCGCCCGCCAAUCCGAUACAACUAUCUUGAAGGUCUUGGCCGAAAGAAAAGCACAACUAAAGGCAGCUUGCUCCUCAAAGGAUCAUUUCCUAGGCGUACCGCCAGAGGAGCAGUGUACGCCGCUUUAUGCAGCGGCCUGCGUUGCUCCAACUACCUCGUGUCUGGAGUUCCUGCUCGAAAAUGAGUAUCUGAUACCGUCGACGGAAGGUGCUAUUCCUCAGUAUCUUCUCGGACAUCUUGUUCGCGGCGGUUACUUUCCAGCCGGACCCAUCUUUGGAAUUCGUAAGCCCUUUCUUACGGAGGAAAAGGGGCUCGAGUCUAUGAAACUUCUUUUGAAAUUUGGUCUCAGUCCCGAUGCCAAGUGCGGCAUGAAUGGAGAGCUUCGUGUAAGUCUCCUCGGCUAUGCUACAGGUAGGAAGAAGAACAAGUUCGUGGAACUGCUACUUGAGAAAGGUGCCAGCCUGGAGAUUGAAGGCUACAUAUCACCAUUGUCAGUAGCCCUCGAAGAAAACAAUAUCCAAGCAGCCGAGCUCCUCCUCACGGCCCACCACAAGAAGAAUUUGGACCUGCCUUACGAUGUGCUCUGGUACGACUCAGUUUAUUCCUCAAUGAAAAAAAUAUCCAAGCGGCUUCUGGACGCCAUCAAAAGGGAAUAUUCUCUCGACCUCCCAGAGAGCACUGGAGUCCGGGCUUCAAAACGGCGAGAGACACCACUCCUUGUGGCAGUCAAUUGGGGAGAGUGGGACAUGGCGAAGAUUCUAAUCAAGAAUGGUGCGGGUGAAAACCAAGGGAAUGACUUAGCAGACACUGCCAUCAAGAUUGCGGCCAUCUAUAGUAGUUGCUCAAACGUUCACGGCAACGGAUCCCUCCCAAAGCAAGACAAAGCUGCAACACCUCUACUGCUCAAACGUUGCCUUUCAAGAAUUCGUCGUCUACCUGCCCAAGAGCUCCCGCCAGCUACCUACAAUCACGCCUUCCGCCCCCAUACUAAUGCUCGUCGAUCCGAGGUAGCCCAGGCUGACCAGCUUCGGAGCUCGCCCUCCCCGCCCGCCAUGCUCUCUGCAUUUACGGCGCGGCCAAUCAUUGAGCUGCGGCCGCGCGACAAAUCCAAGAUUGAAACAAUUCUUGCCCACGGUGCGUUUUGUCCAAGAGGCCCAGACGCGAUGGCGUCGGCAGCUGGCGGGGACGUCACCGCACCCCCCAAACUCAACGAGCCGAUUCCGGUCAUCGAAAACGGACACGCUGGCAACAACUCCUUAUCGAGCAGCCUCCCACCGAACAGCAGCGACCACCAGCCGCGCCCAUCCUCGCGCGGCUCCGCACGACCGACCGACCUCUUGCGCGAAGUCGAAAAAUUCUCUACGCGCGCCAUUGAGCAGCUGGCCAUUAUCAAGGAAGCCAAUACAAUCGUGUCGCUCUCCAACUACCAUGUGUCGCUUCACGAUCUGCAGACCUACGAGCUCAUCGAGACGCUCGACAAGACCAAGAAUGCGUCGGGCUUCGCCGUCACGUCAAACAUUGUCAAGGACCCGGACACGGGCAUCCCCGAAAUCAUCUCCCGACUCGCUGUUUCCGUCAAGAGGCGCCUGCUUCUCUGGAGCUGGCACGAGUGCGAACUCGGCGGCGACACCGCCGAAGUGGUGCUUGCCGAGUCGAUCCGCAGUGUGACGUGGGCGAGUGCCACCAAGGUCGUCUGCGGCAUGAAUGGCGGAUACGUCAUGGUCGAUGCGCUCACCCAUGAGAUAGAAGAUAUCACUGGGCCUGGCACAGUAGGCGCCGCCGGACAAAGCAGCCGCUUCGGCGCCGUCAGCAGUGCCGGCAUGGGCUACAUGGGUCUGGGCGGAUACAUGCCAAAACCGCUGGCGUCCAAGCUAGCGGACGGUGAGGUUCUUCUCGCAAAGGACAUCAAUACGCUAUUUAUCGAUGACACGGGCAAGCCACUAAACCAGCGGCAGAUUCCUUGGGGGACAGCGCCAGAGUCUAUCGGCUAUUCAUACCCAUACAUUGUGGCUCUGCAGCCUCCAGCAAAGGGGUCACUUGAAGUACGAAAUCCGGAUACCCUUUCGCUGCUACAAACAAUAUCGCUCCCUGGUGCAGCCCAGCUAUACUUUCCGCCCCCAAACGUAAGCCUAGCACAUGCUGGCAAGGGUUUCCACAUCUCUAGUGAACGAUGUGUCUGGAAAAUGGGCGCGACGGAUUAUGACGCGCAAGUCAAGGAGCUGGUUGAUGCCGGUAACUACGACGAAGCCAUCAGUGUCCUGAAUCUGCUAGAGGACGCGCUGCUAAAAAGCAAGAUGGAGACGCUGAGAGAGGUCAAGAUGCAAAAGGCAGAGAUACUCUUUGGCGAGAAGAAAUAUCGCAAGGCAAUGGACCUGUUCAAUGAGGAUAAUGUCCACGCACCACCAGAACGGGUGCUGGCCUUGUAUCCGCCCGUGAUCUCAGGCGAGCUCUCGAAAUGGGCUGGCAAGGAAGAACCCAAGUCUAGCGAUGCUGACGGCGCUACACCCCGGGUCAGCGCCGAAACGCAGCGUAAAUCCGAGGACGCUGGCGAGAGCACCUCUGCAGUCGGCCGUUUCGCGGGCUACUUUAUGGGAUCUCAGCGGAGGACGGCCGCCGACGCCGCGUCGAUCAUUUCGGUGAAGAGGGAAGCUUCCGAUGCCACGGAUGACAAAGAUUCGGCAAACUCGGCAGCAUCAGCGGACAAGCCUCUUGAAGGUAAAGACUUGAUGAAGGCUGUCCUUGAGCUGAACGGAUACCUGGCCGGCACGCGAGCACGUUUGCAGCGCGUCAUUGAUCCCGCCACCGGACUUCUCAAGCCCAGAGACUCGGCACCAGGGGAAGAUGCGACCGACCGUUUUCUGCGCAUGGGCCAAAACGAAAGCGAAGCGCAGCUCCAAGAGAAGCUGCAAGGCACGUUUCGCCUCGUGGACACGACGCUGUUCCGCGCCUACAUGCUCUCCCAGCCGUCGCUCGCCAGCUCCCUCUUUCGCAUCCCCAACUUUUGCGACCCGGACGUGGUCCACGAGAAGCUCGUCGAGCAGGACCGGUACAACGAGCUCAUCGACUUCUUCCACGGCAAGAAGCUGCACAAGCAGGCCCUGGCGCUGCUGGUGCGGUUCGGCGCCGCGGCCAAGCCCGACGCGCGCGCGCCGGCGCUGCUGCACGGCCCGAACCGCACCAUCCAGUACCUGCAGACGAUGCCCUCGUCGGAGACGGACCUGAUACUCGAGCAUGCCGCGUGGACGCUGCGCGCCAGUCCGGCGUUUGCCAUGGAGAUUUUCACAGGCGACACGGAAAACGCGGAGACGCUGCCGCGGGCGCGCGUCGCCGCCUUUUUGCAGACGAUUGAGCCCGCGCUCGAGCGGCAGUACCUCGAGCACGUCGUCAUGGAGCUCGAGGACGCGACGCCGGACCUGCACAACAGGCUCGUCGAGCUCUACAUUUCGGCGCUCGAGAACAUGCAGCACGGCGAUGACGAGUGGGAGCCGCUGAUGGGGCGCUUCAUCAAGUUUCUGCAGGCGCCGAACCCCGUGUACAGUCUCGGCAAGGCGUUUUCCACGAUUCCGAGAAAUGAUCCGUUCUUUUACGAGGCGCAGGCUGUGGUGCUCAGCAACAUGGGACAGCAUAAACAGGCCUUGGAGAUUUUUGUCUUCAAGAUGCAAAACUAUGCCAAGGCAGAAGAGUACGUUGGCGUGAUCUCAAACGGCACUGCAUUCAUUGCCGGGCUAACUCCGUCUAGAUACUGUAAUCGUAUUCAACGCCAAGCUCCUACGCCAGCUCCUCAUGAUGCAUCCGACGACGAAGAUGGAGACGACGCGCCCUCCAUCUACCACACGCUGCUCUCCCUAUAUCUCCAACCGCCGUCGCCGCACAAAUCGCAGCUAGCGCCGGCGCUCGACCUCCUCUCCAAGCACGGCGCGCGCCUCCCCGCGGCGUCGUCGCUGAGCCUCAUCCCCGACGACCUGCCGGUGCGGGCGCUCGAGUCGUACUUUGGCGGGCGCAUCCGGGCGGCCAACAGCAUGGUGCACGAGGCGCAGGUGGUGGCGGCCCUGCGCAAGGCCGAGGGCAUCGCCGUCGCCGCGGAGCUGCACGUGGGUACUGCAGGCAAGCUGGCGGGACGCAACAGGCACGUGGCGAUUACCGACGAGAAGCUGUGCGUCGUCUGCCAUCGGCGGCUGGGUGGCGGCAUGCGCGUCGGCGGCGGCAGCGUGGUGGCGGUGCUCCCGGAUAACACGGUUGUGCACUGGGGGUGUCUGAGCAGCAUGGGAGGGGACCAGCGAUCAAAGACGCCGAGCUGGGCCCGGCACUAG